GAAAUAGUUCUGGUUGUGUUUUUCGGUGCUGAAUAUGUGGUCCGAUUGUGGUCUGCAGGCUGCAGGAGUAAGUAUGUUGGCUUCCAGGGAAGAAUACGGUUUGCCAGAAAGCCAAUAUCAGUUAUCGAUCUAAUUGUGGUAGUAGCCUCAAUUAUUGUUCUAAGCAUAGGAUCCAAUGGGCAGGUGUUUGCCACCUCUGCAAUAAGGGGGAUCCGGUUUCUCCAGAUACUUCGCAUGCUUCAUGUAGAUCGACAGGGUGGCACCUGGCGACUAUUAGGAUCAGUUGUUUUCAUACAUCGUCAGGAACUCAUAACGACGUUGUACAUUGGAUUCUUGGGAUUAAUCUUUUCAUCCUAUUUUGUUUAUCUUGCUGAGAAGGAUGCAGUUGAUGAGGAUGGAAAGACAGGUUUCUCCAGCUAUGCCGAUGCCCUUUGGUGGGGUGUGGUAACAGUCACAACAAUUGGUUAUGGAGACAAAGUUCCCCAGACAUGGAUUGGGAAGACAGUAGCUUCCUGUUUUUCAGUAUUUGCUAUAUCUUUCUUUGCUCUGCCAGCGGGUAUUCUGGGGUCUGGUUUUGCGCUGAAAGUACAGCAGAAGCAACGUCAGAAGCAUUUCAACAGACAAAUCCCAGCUGCCGCGUCCCUAAUUCAGACUCUGUGGCGGUGCUACGCAGCUGAGAAGUCCUGCAGUUCUACAGCAACAUGGAAGAUCUAUGUUACAUCACCGGUGCAAAAUCCCAAAAAACCACCAGCGCCAUCUAGCCCUAGUCUGAGAAAACAGGCUAGAAGAUACAAAAGAAAAGGGAAACUAGGCUGUGGUAAUGGUUCUGCACCUGUAAUAAACCCAGGAGAGAAUGCCUUGUCUGUUCCACAGAUCACUUAUGAUCAUGUUGAUGAACAAGAAGACAAAAAAGAUGUGACUUUCUACAUUGGUGAAUCAGGAGUGAAAAGACGCCUAGAAAGGAAUAACCAAGAAAUGUCACGGGCCAACAGCUUCACUGAUGACAUUGACCUUUUAUCAGAAGAGUCGACACUGCCAGCUGUAUCUGAUGUGGCACAGUAA